GAGCCGGAAGUCACAGGGCCCGCAGUGGGACAGAGGUGGGGGGAGCACGAGGAAGACUCAGGGAGGAUGGCUGCUCAAAUUCCAAUUGUGGCCACCACUCUCACUCCCGGGGCAGCCCGCAACAGCAAGAAGAGGCCGUCCAGCCCUUCUCAUAACGGCAGCAGUGCCGGGGGCUACGGCGCGAGUAAGAAGAAGAAAGCGUCCGCCUCCAGCUUCGCGCAGGGUAUCAGCAUGGAAGCCAUGAGUGAGAAUAAAAUGGUGCCCUCUGAGUUUAACACAGGAUCUGUGGAAAAAACUGCCAGACCCUUGCCAUUUAAGGAUCCCAACUUUGUGCACUCUGGCCACGGUGGCGCAGUAGCUGGCAAGAAGAACAGAACCUGGAAGAACCUGAAACAAAUUCUCGCUUCUGAAAGGGCAUUGCCGUGGCAACUAAACGAUCCUAACUACUUCAGUAUUGAUGCUCCACCAUCCUUUAAACCAGCUAAGAAGUAUUCUGAUGUUUCAGGUCUUCUUGCCAACUACACGGACCCCCAGAGCAAGCUGCGGUUCAGCACCAUCGAAGAGUUUUCCUACAUUCGGAGGCUGCCGUCCGAUGUGGUCACCGGCUAUCUGGCCCUGAGGAAGGCCACAAGCAUCGUUCCCUGAGCCUGAGAGAUGAGACGAAGUGGAAAACUGUUUCAAAGGCAGACUUUGGACUCACAGUUUUGUUUCAUGGAAACAAACUCAUUCUGCUGUCAAUCUGAAAAUGCCAGUGUUGUGCCUUGGAAAGAAUGUUUGGCUUUAAUUUAAAGUUUUUUUCUGUUUUCCCUCCAAGUGUGAUAUUUCCCGUUGAAUUAAGUUACACUUCAGUUGUUGCCUCAAGUAAAGUUAUUUGACAAGAAAAUACAAUAAAAUUGUGCUUUUAAUUUAA